AUGUGUGGCAGGUUCCUGAGGCGGCUGGUGGUUGAGGAGAGCUGGCACUCCACCCCUGUGGGGCGCCUCCUGCUUCCUGUGCUCCUGGGAUUCCGCCUCCUGCUGCUGGCGGCCAGUGGGACGGGGGUCUAUGGUGAUGAGCAGAGCGAAUUUGUGUGCCACACCCAGCAGCCAGGUUGUAAGGCUGCCUGCUAUGACGCCUUCCACCCCCUCUCUCCACUGCGCUUCUGGGCCUUCCAGGUCAUCUUGGUGGCUGUGCCCAGUGCCCUCUACAUGGGUUUCACCAUAUAUCACAUCAUCUGGCAUUGGGAAGACUCAGGAAAGGUGAAGAAGGAAGAGGAGAACCUGAUCCAGCAAGGAGAGGGCACCACAGGUGCCUCAGGGGCUGGAAGCCCUAGGCUGCUCUGGGCCUAUGUGGCACAGCUGGGGGUACGACUAGUUCUUGAGGGGGUGGCCUUGGGGGGGCAGUACCAUCUGUAUGGGUUCAAGAUGCCCAGCUCCUUUGCAUGCCGUCGAGAGCCUUGCCUUGGUAGUGUAGCCUGUAAUCUCUCCCGCCCCUCUGAGAAGACGAUCUUCCUAAAGACCAUGUUUGGAGUCAGUGGGCUCUGUCUUUUGUUUACUCUUUUGGAGCUUGUGCUCUUGGGCUUGGGAAGAUGGUGGCGGACCUGGAAGCAAAAAUCUUCUAACUACUUCCCAACUUCGGAGAGCAGAAGAAGACACAAGGAACCAACUGAUAACUUCCCAGUGGUGGAAUCCAAAGAGCAGUUCCGUGUAGCAGGUGAGAAGGGCACUAAUGUCCUCUUUCUUCUUUGCCUGAUGUCUCUGUCCUGA